AUGCCUUCUCGGGCAGAGAGGACGAGGAUGUCGGCGCAGGAGACGACCUCAGGGCACUCCCUCUCGAGAGCCUCCUUGAUGGUGUCAAGGUACCGGAAAUUUCUCAUCCCGAAGCUCCGGUCAGCUUCCUUCUCCGACAGCGUCCUCCUCGUCGAGUCAAGCAGCAGGGAAGCGUCGCACGACUGCCGCCAUUACCAGACAGAAAUCCCUCAGUAA